AUGUCGUGCCGCUCCUUCCAGCAGGGCUUCAGAUGUGGCGGCCAGGGCUUCAGCUCCUGCUCAGCCGUCCUCCCCCGGGUGGUCACCCACUAUGCAGUGAGCAAGGGGCCAUGCCAGAUUGGGGGCAGUGGGAGUUUCCGUGCCCUGGGCUGCCUCGGCUCCCGGAGCCUGUGCAACGUGGGCUUCGGGCGGCCCCGGGUCGCCUCCAGGUGUGGCCUGCCUGGCUUUGGAUACCGAGCAGGUGCCACUUGUGGGUCUUCUGCCUGCAUCGCCCCUGUAACCAUCAAUGAGAGCCUGCUGGUCCCACUCGAGCUGGAGGUUGACCCAACUGUCCAGAGGGUGAAGAGGGAUGAGAAGGAGCAGAUCAAGUGUCUCAAUAACCGCUUUGCAUCCUUCAUCAACAAGGUCCGGUUCCUGGAACAGAAAAACAAGCUGCUGGAGACCAAGUGGAACUUCCUGCAGCAACAGAGGUGCUGCUCAAACAACAUCGAGCCCCUUUUCGAGGGCUACAUCUCCACCCUUCGGAGGCAGCUGGACUUCUUGACCGGGGACCGAGACCGGCUGGCAUCAGAGUUCCACUGCCUCCAAGACACGCUGGAGGGCUACAAGAAAAAAUAUGAAGAGGAGCUCUCCCUGCGGCCCAGUGCUGAAAAUGAGUUUGUUGCCUUGAAGAAGGAUGUGGACACGGCCUUCCUGAUAAAUUCUGACCUGGAGAUCAAUGUGGAAGCUCUGAUCCAUGAGAUCGACUUCCUGAAAACCCUGUAUACCGAGGAGACAAACCUGCUCCAGUCUCAGAUCUCAGAGACCUCGGUCACUGUGAAGAUGGACAAUAACCGGGAGCUGGACACGGAUGGCAUCGUUGCCCAGAUCAAGGCCCAGUAUGACGAAAUUGCCAACCGCAGCAAAGCCGAAGCAGAGGCCUGGUACCAGAGCCGGUAUGAUGAGCUUCAGCUGACUGCCGGGAAUCACUGUGACAACCUCCGCAACCGCAAGAACGAGAUCCUGGAAAUAAACAAGUUGAUCCAGCGGCUGCAGCAAGACAUUGAGAAUGUCAAAGCCCAGCGCUGCAAGCUGGAGGCUGCAGUGACCCAGGCGGAGCAGCAGGGCGAGGCAGCCCUCAAUGAUGCCAAGUGCAAGCUGGCCGGGCUGGAGGAGGCCCUGCAGAAGGCCAAGCAGGACAUGGCCUGCCUGCUCAAGGAGUACCAGGAGGUGAUGAACUCCAAGCUGGGCCUGGACAUCGAGAUCGCCACCUACAGGCGCCUACUGGAGGGCGAGGAGCAGAGGCUGUGUGAAGGUGUUGGACCUGUGAAUAUCUCUGUGAGCAGCUCCAAAGGUGCCAUCCUCUACGAGCCAUGUGUGGUCAGCACGCCUGUGUACUGUCCAGGGAGCACCAGUGUCCUCAAGAGCAGUGGGGGCUGCGGCAUCGUGGGCACUGGUGAAAUCUACGAGGGGCUCCUCGUCUGUGGGAGCAGGCGGAGCUCCAGUGUGAAGCUAGGGGCUGGGGGCAGCUCCUCCUGCCACAAGUGUUAGUACAGCCCCAGAAGUUAGUAGCCCAGGGGAUAGGGCACAAGCUCCAGGCUGGGAUGUUGUCCCCCACAACCAGGGUUCAAGACAAGGCUGUUCCAAGAUUCCACCUUUCUGUACUGAUUGAAGAUUCCCCUUGGGUUUUCACUGGGAGCUGCCCCUUGUAUCUUCGAGAGUCUCUUUUCACCUAGCUGUGUGCAGAUCCUGAGCGAGGCCCUCGGGUGAGGGUAGGGUACAAAGGCAGAAAACACAUCUCUCGUCUCCCUGGACUGCUGACAGUCUGGCUCUAGUGUGGCCAAGAAAAUGGCAAUGGCCCCCUAACACUUCUCUUCCCCAGGAGGUCAAAGGGGCACAUCACAGUUCUGCUUUGUGGAUCAUCCCAUGGAACUUGCCACACAAAUUGUGCCUCCCCUCAUCCCCAGACAUUCUCCUCCUCUCUUACUUUGGACUCUCAUGAACCUGAGAAAAGUGAACUCCUUCUAGCACCCACCUAAUACAUGCACUAUUGAAAAUAUCAAAAGGAGACACCCCAAAAUCCCAUCCCAAAUUCCUAAGACAAAUGCCAGGAUUUCAGGAUCACUCGGAAUCUGUCAAUGUUGCUCUCAGCACACAGAAUCAAGAGGUGGUCUUUGGGCAAUAGAUUUACCUGCUCAGCUGUAUUGAACUGGCCCUAUAAAAAUACAUCUCUUUCCUGAGCUGAUAUUGGCAGCUGAUGGCAAAGAAAUGCCUAAAACAAAGGGACAAUCAAGAGCUGACAUUAUUCGUUCAAUGGAAUCAGGCAUGCCCGCACCUUUUGUACAUAGCCACCCCCUGCCAGCUCCCUCUCCCUUGAGUUCCUCUUGCGUUGGGUCUGAUGUGAACAUGUUUUCCUCGCUACAGUGAUAAGGGGCUGCCUCAGCAGACUUGGAGGCUCUGCCUCAGGGCUGUGAGGGAGGAGAAGGUACUGAACUGACCUCACCUCCCUAGAGCACUCCCCGUCCCAAUAGUGCUGCCUCCUGCCCUCCCAGGGAUCCACGUUUCUGCCAUGAGCCUCUGGGCUUGUCUAUUCCCAAUAAACUGUUCCCAGGCUACAGGAAUCAGGAUUGUUCACCCUGCUCUGAGGAUAGUGAGGUUGAAGGGAAACUGAGGAACAGCUCUGGGGGCCUGGGGGCCAGCUGGGGGCAUUGGAAGUAGAAACAGAGUUUAUUAUACAAAUGGGAAAACUACAUGUGAAUGAUUGGCAAGUGGCCUGUGGAGCAGGUGUGGAGCCAUACAAAUUAUACUUAAAGCCUGCACAUCAUACCACAAGAGUUUACAAGUCACUUGCCAUGUUGAAAACCAUAGUCUUAUUCCCCACAGGCCUCCUCACCACAUGGUCCCCUGCAUA